AUGAAGAAUGUGUUCAUCUCCUCGUUUAUAUUUCUAUCUUUCUACAUUUUGAUUGCAUUGUCAUCUGUCGAUGCAGCUGGCUGCAAGUCCAGCGGAAAGAUUAAGGGCAAGAAGCCGCCGAAAGACAAGUGCAACACAUCCAAUGAUUCGGAAUGCUGCGAGGAAGGCAAGUACUACGACAUCUACAAAUGUUCGCCUAAGGAAUCUGGUAGGACCAAGGCUGUGUUGACUCUGAAUGGGUUUGAAAAAGGUAAGGACGGAGGGGGGCCUGCAGAGUGCGACGGGCACUACCACUCGGACAACAUCCCGAUUGUGGCGAUGUCGACGGGAUGGUUCAACAAGAUGAAGAGGUGCUUCCAGAACGUGACCAUUUAUGGGAGAGGGAAGAAAGUGACUGCUAUGGUGAUCGACGAGUGUGACUCGACUAUGGGUUGUGACGAGGAACACGACUACCAGCCUCCGUGCCCGAACAACAUCGUUGACGGGUCGAGGGCUGUGUGGGAGGCCUUAGGAGUACCUAAGAAGGAUUGGGGACUAAUGGAAGUACAAUGGGAGGAUGCAUGAUGGGGAAAUGAUGAAGAUGUGUGGUCAGGAUUUUAUCAAGGUGCGUCGUUGCGACGGAAACUAAUAAGGGCAAGGCGUUCGAAACGGGUUCGAUAACCAGUGCCCAUUGAUUGAAAUAACUUGCUCUACUAUUGAGCUAUGGAGUUCAGAUCUUUAGCUACGGUGGUCUGAAAAUCUAUUUCCUAUGUUCUCUCACAUAUUUGAAUAAAUUCUAUCUUAAGAAUAGAUCAUCGAAUUGCUACAUAAAUGACCAAAUAAUAACGAUAAUAUAAACUCAAGCAAGCAUAGGCCAAUACUAUCAUCUUAAACAAGUUUCAGCACGAAAACUCAUCUAAAAUAAUGUAGGCAAUGGCAAAUGAAAGUACCUUAUAUCAUCAUUCAGAAAUAUCCCUCAAGAAGAACGCUCUUU